UGAAUGCGGUCCCCUGGUCACUUGAUUCGGUUUGAGAGAGAGAGAGAGGAGUUUGUGCUUCCGCAGACAGACAGGGCUUGGUGUGUGUGUGUCUCUCUCUCUCUCUCUGUGUCCUGAUGACUCAGCUGAUGAAGGCAUUUGUGACCAGACGCCUCCCUCAGGAGGGAAUAAAGCUGCUGCAGACAGCCGCCGCGUGUGACGUGUCGCUGUGGGACUCAGAUGAACCUAUUCCACGUGUGGAGCUGCUGAAGAAGGUGGAAGGAGCUCAUGGCCUCCUGUGUGUGCUCUCAGAUCAGAUCGAUGUUGAGGUUCUCGAUGCAGCCGGACCCAACCUGAAGGUGAUCAGUACGAUGUCUGUGGGCUUUGACCACCUUGCCAUCGAGGAGAUCAAGAAACGAGGUAUAAGGGUCGGCUACACCCCUGAUGUACUAACAGAUGCUACGGCUGAGUUGAGUGUUGCUCUGUUGUUGGCUACAGCUCGUCGUUUACCUGAGGGCAUUCAGGAGGUCAAAAGUGGAGGCUGGAAAUCGUGGAAGCCUCUGUGGUUGUGUGGUUACGGUCUCUCUGGCAGUACGGUCGGGGUGAUCGGCCUGGGACGGAUAGGUUUGGCCAUCGCACGGAGGCUGAAGCCGUUCGGUGUUAAACGUCUGCUUUAUUCCGGACGGCAGCCCAAACCCCAGGCUUCAGAGGUGGAUGGAGAACAUGUGCCGUUGGACACGCUCCUGCAUGAGAGUGACUUCGUGGUGGUUUCGUGCUGUUUGACCCCUGACACAAAGGAGCUGUGUAAUAAAGCCUUUUUCAGCAAAAUGAAGAACAAUGCAGUCUUCAUCAACACCAGCAGAGGUGCAAUCGUAAACCAGGAGGAUCUGCUGGAAGCUCUCACCAGCGGUCAAAUCGCUGCAGCGGGACUCGAUGUGACGACGCCUGAGCCGCUGCCCACCGAUCAUCCACUGCUCCGCCUCAACAACUGCGUGGUUCUCCCUCACAUCGGCAGCGCCACGUUCUCUACGCGAGGCGUCAUGGCCGACCUCUCGGCCCGUAACCUGCUGUGCGGUCUGACCGGAGACGCCAUGCCCAGUGAACUGAAGCUGUAACGCCUCCCAGUGGUGCAUGAUGGGAAAUCAAGACUCCUCUAAACCCUCAGAAGAACAUUGUAGUCCUGUAGGAUCGAGCGAUUUUAGACGCAUGACUUUAUUUACUACUUCACAAAGAACUUAAUGUGACCAAAACGACACCAAUAAAUGUUACCACGAUUAAUAUUCAGUGUAAAGUAAUAAAGUUUGUCAGACUGGAUCGCUAAAUAAACAAUGCAGCAAAUUA